AUGCCGGGGAUUACUGUGUCUAAGACUGAGUUUCUGAAGUGUUUGCAACGGCAAUGGAAUGAUACUGAAGUGGAUAAUGUUCUUUUUGAUUUUGGGUUGGAGUUAGAUGAAAUUGAUGAGAUAGAAGGUACUUAUAAGAUUGAUGUGCCGGCUAAUAGAUACGAUUUACUUUGUUUGCGCGGUUUGGUUAAUGGAGUUGGGGCUUAUAUUGGUCAAUCUAGUCAGAAAAGUCUAGAGAUAAAAGAAGCUAAAGAUUUAGUGGGUGGUGAACGGCCAGUUAGUAGACCUUUUGUGAAGAUGGUUAUGUUGAAGAAUAUUGAUUUACGUAAUGGCGGUUAUCAAGAUUUAAUUGAUUUUCAGGAUAAAUUGCAUCAAGGUCUUGGUCAGAACCGGGUUUUAAUGGCUAUUGGUACUCAUGAUUUAGAUAAGACAGUUGGGCCUUUUAAGUAUACGGCCUGGCCCGAAUCAGAAGUUAAGUUUGUUCCACUUAACCAGACAAAGGAGUAUACACGGCCGGAACUAGACGACCUCUACAAGUCAGAUCCUAAACUCAAGGCUUACUUAGGCUUAGCCCGUGAGAAUGGCCAAGUUCCUGUGAUUCUUGAUGGCCAGGAUAGGAUUCUUUCUUUGCCUCCUUUGAUCAAUAGUGACUUUUCUAAGAUAUCUGAGCAGACGACUAAUAUGCUCAUUGAAAUAACAGGAACUGAUAAGCCAAGAGUAUGUACGGCCAUGUACUUGCUUUUACAUCACUUUUCUGGACCGGGGUCUGAGAUAGUAGAGAUUCCUGGGGGAGUGGAAGAAGUACUACGGACACCGCUUACUCUAACCCAGUCAGAAAUUAAGACUGAGUUGCAUACUGAACUGUCGGCUGAAGUGGCUGCUAAAGCUUUGCGCCAAAUGCUUCAUCAGGUGGAGAUUGUUCCUGGAGAAUCGGAAUGGUCCUUGGUGGUUACACCAUCUCGUUUACGCCCGGAUAUAUUACAUACCUGUGACUUGAUAGAAGAUAUUGCUAUUGCCUACGGCUACAACCGGAUUGAACGGGUCUUAUCCACUGAGUACACGAUUGGGAAAGAGUUGCCUAUUAAUAAACUGGCCCGGUCUUUGCGCCAGGAGUGUGCUUACGCUGGCUUUACUGAAGUCUUUACUAUGGCUUUGCAUUCUAAGCACGAUAUGCAUGGCUUUGGUCUUGACAAACACAUUCAAGUAAAGAAUCCGAAAAGCACUGAGUGCGAAGUGCUGCGGCAAAGUUUAGCCCCUUCUGUGCUUAAGUGUAUCUUCUCUAACCAGCACCAUCAUUUGCCUAUUUGUCUCUUUGAAGUAUCUGAUGUGGGUCUUUUUACUGCUGAUGAUGUGGGUGUUCGUAAUGAUAAGAGAAUGUGCAUGGCUAGUGCUGGUUCAUCUAGUCGUUUGGAAGACUUACAGGAAGCUUUUGAAGUAGUGAUGCGACGAAUGGGUUUUGUUGUCCAGUACGUUCCAGAAGACCUUCCCCAGUUUAUUGAAGGUAGAUCUUGUGCAAUCUAUUUUAAUGGCCAAAAUAUUGGUGGGCUGGGUAUAAUCAAGCCGGCUAUUAGUUUGCAUCAUAAAAUCCCGCAUGUUUGUUCUCUCGUAGAAAUCUCUCUUACGAUGCUUUCUUCAUUAAUACCUGCCACUUAUCCCAACUAG